AUGUGGGGAAACACGGCCGGUUCUGUUCUGAAAAUCCUACAUCCAGGUAUUGGAGGUCAUUCCAGCAUUGGAGAUGUACCAAAGGAAAUUGGAGGUUCCUUUUUGUUAGAGGCAGGAAUUGGAGAGUCACAAAAGUUGGAAAAGAGAGAGAUAAUGAGUGCUUUUGUGAGUAGAAUCCGAAGAUAUUUGGGCCCACUCUAUGUCAUUUAUGCAGAUUCUCAUACUAGGAUCAUUCUCACCACUCUGACUCCUGAACUUGACUUCAGUGGGUCUGCAAAUGUGUCCAUAAUGGUGGCCAUCAAGCUCAGUCACAACCUUCACACCCCCAUGUACUUUUUCCUCGGUGGCCUGUCCUUUUCAGAAACUUGUACCACUAUGGUAAUCCUCCCCCGCAUGUUAGUGGACUUGCUAUCAGAGAGCAAAACCGUUGCUCUUUCUGAAUGUGCCACACAGAUGUUUUUCUUCUUUGGCUUGUCAGGCAAUAACUGCUUCAUCAUGGUUGCCAUGUCCUAUGACCGCUACACUGCCAUUCACAACCCACUGCAUUAUGCCAUCCAGAUGACCCACAAGAUCUGCUUUCAGCUGAUUUUGGCCUCUUGGGUGGUUGGAUUCAUGGUUUCUCUGUGUAUCAUCUUCAUUGUAUUCAACUUAUCUUUCUGUGACUCCAACACCAUCCAGCACUUCUUCUGCGACAUCUCGCCUGUGGUCUCCCUUGCUUGUGAUUACACUUUGUAUCAUGGAAUGGCUAUUUUUGUGCUCUCUGCCUUUGUGUUGGUGGGCAGUUUUAUUUUAAUUAUGAUUUCCUAUGUCUUCAUUGGGUCCAUAGUUGUGAAGAUGCCUUCUGCAAAGGGGAAGUAUAAGGCCUUCUCGACUUGCUGCUCCCACCUCACUGUAGUGUGCAUCCACUAUGGAUUUGCUUGCUUUGUUUAUUUGAGGCCCAAGGACAGUGACUCAUUCUGUGAAGAUAUGCUGAUGGCUGUGACAUACACAGUGCUGACACCUCUGCUUAAUCCUAUCAUUUACAGUCUAAGAAACAAAGAAAUGCAGAUAGCCCUAAGGAAGGUAGUAGACAAUGCAAAUAGGUUUAUCUAUCAGAUGGAGGAGGUCCCCCUGUUGAGUGUUGCUGCAACCACCAGGUGA